AGUUGUAGCGUAAAUAUUUUUAUUUUCGUAUUUUCGUAUCAGAUAAUGCGAGCUUAUCACGUGAUCCACUUGAUAUCCGGACUUGUCGCGAUUCGUUCGUUGGUGCCGUUGGUGGCUUUCGUGGGCUUUUGUCCAUACGUGCAGAAUGGCAUUCAACCUAGCCGCUUUUUCAUAUAUUGUGGCGUUAAUCGGCGACGCGUUUCUAAUAUUUUUCGCGAUAUUUCACGUAAUCACGUUCGAUGAGUUAAAGACUGGAUACAAAAAUCCGAUUGAUCAAUGUAAUAAUUUAAAUCCGCUUGUUCUACCAGAGUAUAUACUGCACGUUGUGAUCAAUCUUUUAUUUUUGAUUAGCGAACAAUACUUUUCGCUGUUUAUCAAUAUCCCACUCAUAGCUUAUCAUGUGUGGAGAUACAUGAACAGGCCUCUGAUGACAGAAUCGGGCCUGUAUGAUCCUACGAGCAUAAUGAAUGCUUAUGACUUGUCCAUGUACCAUAGAGAAGGAUGGAUUAAACUAGCCUUUUACCUUUUGUCGUUUUUUUAUUACUUGUAUGGAAUGAUCAGCUCAUUAAUCAAUUGAAACGAGCAAUCAUCGUAAAGAUUUUCCAUUUUUUUGCAAUCGUUUGGUGCAAUGAUUGCUUAGGUUGGAAAUACAAGUUAUUUUCUACCAACUUGUAGGUAAUAAUGGGAGGUUUGUAACAAGUACUACAGAGAAAGAUUCUUUGACAUCUGUCUAAAACAUAUAGGCAAACUUUAUAAUACACACACACAUACACGUGUGUGUGUGUGUGUAUGAUAGACUACAUU